GAGUGAAUUCUGGAAGGGGCUGAGCAGUCUCCUCCUACUCCUCUCCCACUUCAAACAUUUAACUGAGGAGUAGCUCUGGUGCAGGGGCACAGUGAGAGAGGCAGGCAGAGCAGAGCAGAGCAGAGAGAGAGAGAGAGAGAGACAGAGACAGAGAGAGAGAGACAGAGACAGAGAGAGAGAGACAGAGAGAGAGAGAGAGAGAGAGAGAGAGACAGAGAGACAGGGACAAUAUCCUGGACCAUUGCUUUUUUACUUUUCCUUCACCCUCGAAUCUGUGGAUAUCCUACCAGAAGACUUGGCUCUUGUGCUGCAUUUCAGUUAAAAAGUUUGGGGAAUUAAGACAUCUCAGAGAGUCGUUGUGAAGACUUGCUAUGGGUUACAACUCCAGAAGGGGCACCAGCUGAAGACAGAGAGAGAGACAGAGAGAGAUAGACUUGUUUCUGGAGUGUGCAAGAGAGACACAGAGACAGAGAGAGGUAGAGAGAGACAGAGAGAGAUAGACUUGUUUCUGGAGUGUGCAAGAGAGACACAGAGAGAGUCAGUCUCGUUCUUGGAGUGUACAAUUGUUUUCAGACGGCUGUUGACAUGAUGCUUGCUCAUCUCGCGCACCUGGUCCAGAUUCUGUCGGUGGCAUGGGCUCUGGAGGUGCUGCCGAUCUCUGGAAGCAAGCUGUGGGACGUCCCGUCAGCUCCGCACCCCCAGGUGAACACAACGGUCAAGCUGCAGUGGGAGCCGCAGUGCCAGUUCCAAUUGCGCCACUUGCAGGACGGGGCGAGGAUCACAGCCCUCGUACCACCUCAGCUGGAGGGCAACUGGGUGUCCACAGGGUGUGAGGUGCGCCCUGGUCCGGAGUUUCUUACGCGGUUCUACACCUUCUACUCCAACCGGCUCUUCAAAGCCCUGCAGUUCUACUACUGGGAUGGGGGCUGCCGGGAGCCCGCCUACUCACUGACCAUCAAGGGGAAGCUACGACUGCGCCAGGCAUCCUGGAUCACCCGAGGAGCCACCGAGACCGACCACCACGUCAACAAAGUGGGCAUCGUCUUCCACAGCCAGGCAGCCAUGCAGGAGCUCACGGGCCGGAUCAACCUCACCUGUCCGGGGUUCCCGUCGCGGGGGGGCCGCUGGGCGCCAGGGAGGGUUUACGAGCUGUACAACUCCAAGAGCGGCCGUGACUGCAGGGCAGGCUUGGGCUUCUCCAUGCUGGAGCUGGGGCUGCUCAGGGUGGAGAAGCAGCAGCACCCACAGCGCCGCCUGGUGGAAGAGCUGUUCCUGGGCGACGUGCACACCGACUGGGCGCAGAGAAUGAACUACAGGCCCACCGGGUACCAGCGCCCGCUGCAGAGUGCCAUGCACCACAUACACCCGUGUCCGGCGUGCGGAAUCAUCUACCGCUCCAACGAGCACCAGCCCCCCAUCCUGCCCCGCCAGCCGGACCUGCCCCUGGAGCUCCAGGGCAAGUGGGUGAGCCGGGAGUGCGAGGUGCGACCCGCGGUCCUCUUCCUCACCCGUUACUUCAUCUUCCAAGAGCGCAGCCGAUCCUGGGAGGGCUACUAUCACCACUACUCCGACCCCGCGUGCCGGCAGCCCACCUUCACCGUGCACGCCUCGGGGCGCUACGUGAGGGGCCCCCGCUCCGCAGCGGUCCCCGGCGGCACCGACUUCGUGUUCAAGGUGACUCAUGCCAAGGUGACGGCUCUGGACAGGGCCUCGGUGCUGAUGCUCAACACUUCCGAGGAGGGCACCUGCGGAGAGGCGGGCUCCUGGACGCUCGGGGAGGAGCAGGACAUCACCGGCACUCAGGGCUGCGCCUCGCUGGGCAUCACGCUCCCCCACAAUGAGUACGAGCUCUUCAAAACACAGCUAGACCACAAGCAGCGCCCCCUACUGUUCAUCGGCGAGAGGCCCACCGACGGCUCCAGCCCCGACCGGCCUGAGAAGAGGCCCACCUCCUACCAGGCCCCGCUGGUCCAGUGCGCAGGGACGGUGGAGACGGCUGCCAGGCACGGCCAGCGCAGCCAGCCGGGCAGAGCCAGCGUGCUCACAGCGACUCCCUGGGCAACCCUGCUGGGGGUCAGCUUGUACCUGCUCGCUGUGCUCUGAGUGGGGACUACAGAGCGGGGAUGGAUUCUGUGCAAACUGGAUGCAUACGCAAACAUGUAGAUAUUUAUAUAUAUAUUGUUAUACCUUGUAUUUAAGAACUGUUUUUUUUUAUAUAUUAAGGUGCUAUUGCCUUUUGCCUUUUGAGAAAUUAUAUAAUAAAGUCAUUAAUCAGAUAUUCAGGCUAAUAAUAAUAAUAAUAAUAAUAAUAAUGGAACAGCCUAUUUUAAUGUAAGGUCCAUCGAAUACAUGGUACACCUCAGUUCUGCCAAGUUAAUAGAACUACUGGUACUUAAACCACUAAGCAUCCCAAGUUAUAAGAGGUAUACAACUGUUACUGUUUCUGCCUCCUGCUGGUAGAAGCAGGAGUUGCUCCAGUUUCUCCCACAAUUAAAUUCCUGCGCAUGUCCCUCCCUAUCACAUCCUGAGACACUCGCUACGGGGGUGCGUGGGGGAAUCGAAACUCCCACCAGCAUCAGAAAGCUGCUGCAACCCUGAACCACAAAACAAAACCUCGUGCCGAAACGCUGCUCCUUUCAGAGAUAAAGAAAGCUACAACAGUCUUUGAUAUCUGGCUCAGUAUCUGACAUGUUCUCCAUUUCCCUAGUAACAGCUGUUAAAAGCAAAUAGUUCAAGGUUAGGGUCGGGGCAAGGAUUAGUUUAAUACAAACAAAAUAAUACAACGCUGCUUGGCAAAACCCAGCAGCGACUGCAGUAAUGGUAAUCGCUGGAGCUACAGAGCUGUCGCUUUGAUUUAGACUGGAAGAGCUGAAAGGAAGCAGAUUCCAGAGAAGAUGAAACGAAAGAAUAAGAAGAGCUUCACAAUGUGUGAGAUUCCAGAGCUGGUGUGCUUUCUCCUUCUCAACCUUGAUCUCAGGCUUCGGACCUGGAUUCCAGAGCUGGUGUGCUUUCUCCUUCUCAACCUUGAUCUCAGGCUUCGGACCUGGAUUCCAGAGCUGGUGUGCGUUCUCCUUCUCAACUUUGAUCUCAGGCUUCGGACCUGGAUUCCAGAGCUGGUGUGCUUUCUCCUUCUCAACCUUGAUCUCAGGCUUCGGACCUGGAUUCCAGAGCUGGUGUGCUUUCUCCUUCUCAACCUUGAUCUCAGGCUUCGGACCUGGAUUCCAGAGCUGGUGUGCUUUCUCCUUCUCAACCUUGAUCUCAGGCUUCGGACCUGGAUUCCAGAGCUGGUGUGCUUUCUCCUUCUCAACCUUGAUCUCAGGCUUCGGACCUGGAUUCCAGAGCUGGUGUGCUUUCUCCUUCUCAACCUUGAUCUCAGGUUUCGGACCUGGAUUCCAGAGCUGGUGUGCUUUCUCCUUCUCAACCUUGAUCUCAGGCUUUGGACCUGGAUUCCAGAGCUGGUGUGCUUUCUCCUUCUCAACUUUGAUCUCAGUCUUCCGAUGCGCCAAGGCUCUCCUUAAUUCAAAAUGUAACAGGAAAUAAUGUAUGGGUUCCGGUAGACUUUUGCGAUAUCAUUUUGUAGUUUCUUUGAUUACACAAUGUUAAAUAACAGAUCUAAUCAAAGCAACUCUAUGAAGUAAAGUCUGUUAAUUCUACAGGGUGAGGCAGAGCUGUACACAAACCUGUUCAUAUCUAAAGUAUUUAAUAUGUAGAGGGCUUGCCAUGUUUUUGUCUCAUUUUAAUGCUCAUGUUAUUGCUGCUUUGUAGGUCCUCUGCAUUUUCAAUUAUAUCAUUUUAUAUAAAAUACAUUAAAACAUGUUUUCCACUAUAA